AUUCUCUUGGAGCAAGCAGGGAAGCAGAGGAGCGGCAGGGUCAGGGUGCUGGGUUCCUAAGGUGCAAGGAUGCAGAACAGAACUGGCCUCAUUCUCUGUGCUCUUGCCCUCCUGAUGGGUUUCCUGAUGGUCUGCCUGGGGGCCUUCUUCAUUUCCUGGGGCUCCAUAUUCGACUGUCAGGGGAGCCUGAUUGCUGCCUAUUUGCUUCUGCCUCUGGGGUUUGUGAUCCUUCUGAGUGGAAUUUUCUGGAGCAACUACCGCCAGGUGACUGAAAGCAAAGGCGUGUUGAGGCACAUGCUCCGACAACACCUUGCUCAUGGGGCCCUGUCCGUGGCCACAGUAGACAGGCCAGACUUUUACCCUCCAGCUUAUGAAGAGAGCCUUGAGGUGGAAAAGCAAAGCUGUCCUGCAGAGAGAGAGGCCUCUGGCAUUCCUCCACCUCUAUAUACAGAGACGGGCCUGGAAUUCCAGGAUGGAAAUGACUCCCACCCAGAGGCCCCACCAUCUUAUAGAGAGUCCAUAGCCAGCCUGGUGGUGACAGCAAUCUCAGAGGACGCCCAGAGGCGAGGCCAAGAGUGCUGAGGCAGAGAAAGCUCUCCAGCACUCAUGAUGCCACCCGCUGUGGGGAGCAGCUACUGAUAAUAAAGGCAAACGAGGGACUGUGGGAGGAAAAGCCACACCAGGGACCCCACACGAGAGCUUGGGGAGGGGAUGACAGCCCUGAAUUCCAGACAUAAUUGGCCAUGCCAGGGCAGGGCAGGCCAGAGGCCCUGGAAGGGUGUGGCCAACACCAAGCAGACAUUUCAGAGGAUUCACACUAAUCUUAACCCCAGCAGGCCUUGGGUCCCCAAAGGUGUUACUCUGAGAGCUCUGCUUACAGAGAUUCUUUCUGCUCUCACUCAAUUUCCCUCCCAUCACCUCAACUCCAGCCAGGGAGGAAUAGAUGCUGGUUGUCAGGACAGCCACACGCCUUCCUGUUCUAUAUCACCUAGUAAUCUCAAAGGGAAGGUUUGUUGUUUAAUUUAUUGAUUGUUCAGCCUUUUGUUUUGUUAGCUUGUUUCCUAGUUACCUCCAGCUGACCAUACUACCACAGUGAGGCAGUACUUCACAUCCUGGGAGAUAUGCCCUCGGAACCCAUGAAUGUUAUUUUGUAUUAUUUUAUUUUCAUGAUGUGUAUUUUUUCUAUGUAAAAGGAAAAUGACUGUAAUAUUUGCCUUCAAGAUGGUUCAAACACAAAAUAUUAAAUGAGCUGUCUCUUAAAAGAGGCCCUUAAACAAAUAGACAUGAUAAGAUUGCUUAUAGACCCAAAUGGAAUAGACAGAAUACUUAAUUCAUAAUACAUGGAAUUCUGGGGUGUAGGGUAGAAUUUGUACCGGCCAUAGAUGGUAUUAAUAUACUACUUGAUAUAAAUCUUAUAAAGGUUAAAAAUAUUUGUAUGUAAUUCAAAGAAUCCCCAUAUAAAUCUCUAGAAUUUGAAAGAUAAGAAACUCUAAUGAUGUAUGUUCAUCAUUAAUAGGAAAUUUCUUGUGUCUCAAGAUACAGAUCUUGACUUUUAGACUUAGGGCAUUCAUUUUUAAAUCCAAUGGUUUCUCCUCAACUUUA